CGCAAGUCCAAAUUUCCGGCUAGAUAGCUUUGCCUUUAGAGAUUUAGUCAUGGAAUGGAUGAGUAUCAUCCAAUUGUUCUUUAACCAGAUUCACCACUGGAUAAGAGUUUAAUUCCAUUGGUUAUAGGCAAGGUUUCAAAUUUCGAUUUCGGUACUUCAAAUUUAAGGAAAUUUCGGAGAAAGUUUCGAUUUCGGUGGAAAUUUCGAUUAAAAAUAAAGAAAUCAUAUUAAUUGCAUUUAUAAAUAAUAUUUUUAAAUGAAAUUUGAGUGUGGGAUUUGUUCAUGUUGUAGAUUGGUGUGAAGUGUGAACCACCAUGUGAAUCAUUAUAUAUGGAAAUCUGAAUGGAGUAAAUUUCUUAUCUUUUUGUGUUAUUUCAAUUCUUGCCUUACAUUUUGCACAUGGAUUGUAUUGAAAUAUAAUCGAACAUGGGAGAUAGGCGACCCCUGCACUUCAAUUUCUUCUCUUCCCUCAAGCAGGUUGAGAAGAGAUUGAAACUAGAACACCCAUCUGAACAAUCUACUGUAUUACCAUCUCCAUUGUUGGAAAGCAACAAGAUAUUAACAGAAUCACUAAGCUCACCCGUAUACCUUGAUUUGGAUCCCUCCAACAACAACAACCAUUACAGUUCUAGUACGCUCCAAGACAGUAGUGAAGCCCCUGAAGCAUUCCUCUCAUGCUCUCCACAGUUUAUACCAACCCAAGAGAACCCAACUCAGCCAAAUGCCCUGCAUGACCCCAAAACUAUCAAUGACACUGAAGGUGAAGCCAUCGUCGAUGAUAUUGAACAGUUGAUUCAACUCUUGGGUUUGUCAAGUUGCCAGGAAGGAGAUGAAGAAAAGGCUGGUUUGGAGUUGAAGUGUGGAGGUAGUGAAAAUGGGGGUAAUUCUUGUCAUUGUGAAGGCGGGUUUUAUGAGAAGAUUGUUGAGGUGAAGGGGCCAAAGUGUGGGAGAGAAGUGGAGAGGUUGGAGGGUUGGAUUAAGUACUUUUUGAAUGGUGAUGGGAAGGGAAAGAUUGAGCCUUUCAGGCUGGCACAUUUGCUUUUGAGUAAAGCUGCUUUUGUUUCUGAGGGUGCUGAUCAUGGUUUUGGAGACUUGGACUUCCCUUCAACAAUUGGGGAUUUUCUGCGCAACGAUCCUCCAACAGAUUAAUAUGUCACAAGAUCUAUUCAUUGUUAUUGUCUCUCUUAAAAGAUGGUGUUUCAUAAUUUCAUAUAUCAGCUUGAUGUAAGCUUCAAAAGAGCAGACAACACCUCAUUCAUGAUAGGUCGCUGCUCGGGAUUUUGGUUGGUGCAAAACAAGGCUAGCUUGAGCAGCUCUUCUGCACUUGCCACCUGUUCCUCGGAGAUAUUUGAAGUUAGCAUCGGGUCC